AUGGGAAAUAGAUUGCGACGUCCUUGUGCUUUGCACCACACUUCCAAUAAAAUUACUCGAGAAUCGUAUAAAGCCAGUCGUGCCAAGAAUAAAGAUGCACCGCCCGCUGAACGCGAGCAACUCUUCGUACAGAAACUGCGACAAUGUUGUCUGUUAUUUGACUUUGCGGACGAGCCACUGUCCGAUCUCAAAUGGAAGGAGGUCAAGCGAGCCGCCUUACUGGAGAUGGUGGAGUACGUCACGUCACAACGGGGCGUUAUCACAGAGCCCAUAUACCCGGAAGCUGUCAGUAUGUUUGCGAUAAAUUUAUUUCGGACGCUACCACCGUCAUCGAAUCCUAAUGGCGCAGAGUUUGAUCCUGAGGAAGAUGAGCCUACGUUGGAGGCAGCCUGGCCACACUUACAGUUGGUAUACGAACUGUUCCUAAGGCUGCUGGAGUCUCCAGACUUCCAACCCAACAUCGCCAAGAAAUAUAUUGACCAGAAGUUUGUUUUACAGUUACUAGAAUUAUUCGACUCUGAAGACCCCCGGGAGCGUGACUUCUUGAAGACCACGCUCCAUAGGAUAUACGGCAAGUUCCUCGUGCUGCGCGCGUACAUUAGGAAACAGAUCAAUAACGUGUUUUAUAGAUUUAUUUACGAAACGGAACAUCACAAUGGCAUCGCGGAGCUACUGGAGAUCCUCGGUUCCAUCAUAAACGGAUUCGCGUUGCCGCUUAAAGAGGAACACAAACUAUUCUUGCUAAGGGUUUUACUUCCACUACACAAGGCCAAGUCAUUAUCAGUAUACCAUCCACAAUUGGCCUACUGCGUCGUACAGUUCUUAGAAAAGGACCCGUCACUAACACAACCUGUAGUUAGGGCGUUACUCAAAUAUUGGCCGAAGACACAUUCGCCUAAAGAGGUGAUGUUUUUGAACGAAAUGGAGGAGAUCCUAGACGUGAUCGAACCGGCCGAGUUCCAGAAGAUCAUGGACCCGUUGUUUAAGCAGCUCGCUAAAUGCGUUUCCAGUCCUCAUUUCCAGGUGGCGGAACGGGCCUUGUACUACUGGAACAAUGAGUACAUAAUGUCGUUAAUAUCUGAUAAUGCGACUCACAUCUUACCGAUCAUGUUCCCGUCCCUAUACCGCAACACCAAGAGCCACUGGAACAAGACCAUCCACGGGCUCGUGUAUAACGCGCUGAAGCUGUUCAUGGAGAUGAAUCAGAAACUGUUCGACGAGUGCACGCAGCAGUACAAGCAGGAGAAGCAGAAGGAGCGCGAGCGCCUGCUGCAGCGCGAGGAGGUGUGGCAGGCGCUGGAGGCGCGCGCCGCCACCAACCCGCUGGGCGCCGGCGCGCUGCGCUCCCCCCCGCACCCGCCCGCGCGCCCCGACGAGCCGCUGCCGCCGCUCACCUACCAGCGCAUCGAGCAGGAGGCGCAGGAGCUCCGAAAGCAGGGCUACAACGCCAGCAAACCCCUGCUCCGCAAGAAGUCAGAACUGCCAGCCGACUCUACUACGGUCAAAGCGUUGAUCGAACACAAGCGCGCCGACGCGUACCUGUCCACCCCGCCCGACGUCAACCAGUGCUAG